AUGCUCAAAACGGAUUUCAAGCCGUCAAAGGUCAUCCAGCCGUUCUACACGGGCGGCAAAGUCGCACUCGACCGCAACGGGCGGAUACUGGUCACGACGCUGGGCGAGGAUGUGCUGGUGACAGACUUUGAGACGGGCGACGAGCUGGCGAGGAUCGAGGGUGAUUCGGAGCAAGUCACUACGUUAGCUCUUACGCCUGACGCCUCAUACUUGAUCAUCUGCUCCCGCUCCUACACAAUGCGCAUCUACACGCUGUCCAUCGACUCCGACCUCGAAAAGCUCACCGUAACACCCACGCUCCAGCGCUCCAUGAAGGCGCACACGUCGCCCAUCAUUGUCGCCGACACGGACCCGACCGGCACGCUGCUGGCCAUCGGCGCGGCGGACGGCCUCGUGAAGGUCUGGGAUAUCAAGGGCGGGUAUGUCACCCACAACCUGCACGGCCAUGGCGGUGUCGUGUCAGCGCUGCGAUUCUACGCGCCGGAGAGCGUUGGUGCGCCGACGCAGGCGGCGGCGGCAAAGAAGGGGGGAAAGAAGGGGAGGAGCGAUGCGGGGGAGAUGGGGUGGAGGCUGGCGACGGGCGCGGACGAUACGAAGGUCCGGGUGUGGGAUUUGGUGAAGAGCACUUGUGUGGCGGUGCUGGACUCGCAUGUGAGUGUGGUGCGGGGGCUGGACUGGUCGGCGGAUGGAAAGACGCUGGUGAGUGGUAGCAGAGAUAAGGUUGUGUGUGUGUGGGACACAAAGAGCUGGAAGCUCAAGGGGACCAUACCGGUUCUUGAGGAGCUGGAGAUGGUGGGCUUUUUGGCGCCGGGGGCGCUGCGGAUUCAGGGCGAGGAGGAGGAGACUAUGGGAGAUAGCGUUAUCUACAUGGGCGGACGGAGGAAUCGGAUACGGCUGUGGGAUCUCAGGGCCGGGAAGGAGAUCACACGGAGUAGUGAUGAUGAAGAGGCAGAAGACGAUGACGAAGAGCGGGAAGCUGAUGGAAUUGUCGAUAUCAUCUACCACAAGUCACUGCCCUCUCUCAUCUCCAUUCAUAACGACCAAACAAUCCUCGUAAACUCCCUCACACUCCCUCCCACCACCACCACCCUCCCCGUCACCCGCCGUGUCUCAGGGCACCACGAUGAAAUCAUAGACCUCGCAUACCUCACCCCCACCGACACCCUCGUCGCCCUCGCCACAAACUCAGAAGACGUGCGCAUCGUCGACCUCACCAAGGGCUUCGGCGACGUCGGCGUCCUCCGCGGCCACGGCGACAUCGUCAUCUGCCUCGACCGCGACUGGUCCGGUGUGUGGCUGGCCACCGGUGGAAAGGACAAUGAGGCCCGUCUAUGGCACAUUGACGGCGACAAAAGCGAGUUUACCUGCCACUCACGGUUCGUCGGGCAUGCGGAGAGCAUUGGUGCCAUCGCGCUCUCUAGGGCUGUGCCGCAGGCCGAAAGCAAAGCGGCAAAGAGCUUUGCGCCGCCAAAGUUUGUGAUCACAGGGAGCCAGGACCGCACGAUAAAGAGGUGGGAUAUCCCGGCGCCAGGAAAGAAGGCAAAGGCGAUGUAUACGAGGAAGGCGCACGAGAAGGAUAUCAACGCCAUUGACGUGUCUCCGGAUGACGAACUGUUUGCGUCGGCCUCGCAGGACAAGACAGUCAAGAUCUGGUCGGUACAGGAAGGCGAAGCGCUCGGUGUCCUGCGAGGCCAUCGUCGCGGUGUGUGGUCUGUCAAGUUCGGGCCCGCAUCUGUGACUGGUGCCAUCGUUGGCGGCGCCGAGGGCGCCAAGGGCGGCAGAAUGGUGGUCACGGGAAGUGGCGACAAGACCGUGAAGCUGUGGAGCUUGACGGAUUACAGCUGUCUGAAGACAUUUGAGGGCCAUACAAACAGCGUGCUAAAAACUGUCUGGCUGAGUGGUGGGCUGCAGGUUGGAAGUUCCGGCGGAGACGGACUAGUCAAGGUCUGGGACGUGAAAUCCGGAGAGUGCAACGCUACUCUGGAUAACCACGAAGACAAAGUCUGGGCCCUAACAGUCCGUAAAGACGACCACGUCCUUGUCUCCGGUGGCGGCGACUCCGUCGUCACUUUCUGGGAAGACAUCUCCGAGAGCACGCGCCAAGAAGCCUCCAAGCUCGAAUCCGAGCUCAUCGAGCAAGAGCAGAAGCUCCAAAACUACAUCCACAACUCCGACUACCGCUCCGCCAUCACGCUCGCCCUCGGCCUCAACCACCCCGGACGGCUACUCUCUCUCCUCACCGCCGUCACUACUACGUCGCCCGCCGAGCCAAACUCCAUGUCCGGGCUCGCCGCGGUAGAUGAGGUCCUUGCGUCGCUGGGUGAUGAGCAGCUGUUUGUGCUGCUUUGCCGCGUCCGCGACUGGAACACGAAUGCAAAGACGGCAAGCGUGGCGCAGAGGAUUCUAUAUGUGAUUGUCAAGAGCUACAGCCCGCAGCGGUUGAUAGAGCUGAAGGGGGCAGCGCAGGUGUGGGACGCGCUGAAGAGCUAUACGGAGAGGCACUACAGAAGAGUGGAAGAGCUGGUGGAGGAGAGCUAUCUUGUGGAGUAUACACUACGGGAGAUGGAGGACGUAUUUGGAGAUGAUGGAGUGACAGGCGAUGAGAUUAUGGUUAUGUAG